AUGGCAGAAACAGCUUCCGUCCAGGUUGCGCGCCACGCCAACUGGAACAACUUCCUCCUGGGUGCCGUCGCCCAGUUUACGGCGCUUUCCGUCGUGCGCCGCGGCGCGAGCUUAGUGCUGCCUUCCACUGAGCACUUUGCCGUUACAUCGCCCUCCGUCUUCACCUUCGGAUACUCCUCAGCGAGCGUCUACAGCGCCUUGGACCCUCUUGGCGGCGUUUCACGUGUUCUCCUUAUCACCUUGGCCCUUGUGAACUUUGGUUUGAUCGCCGCAAAUGCCUUCAAUCUCUCAGUCCUCAUUACUCUUGGUCUGAAGACCGUCGGCUUGUCGAAGCAGCCCGUUUCGCAGCUGAAUCUGCUGCCCCUCGCCGCCGCCGCCCUGCACGCGAUAGAGAAUGUUCUCUUCCUCCUCGUGGUCAGCAUACCCGCCCACAGUACCUUCCUAGCUGGCCUAGCUGGUACUUUCGGUCUCUUCAAGGACAUAAUUGGACUCGGCGCCGUCGCCGUCGUUGCUGCUACUCUUCCCGUCAUGGUGUUUGAGUGGGUCAAGGCGAUUGGAAACGACGGCAGGCAACGGGUGGAGAUUAAGAGUCAGUAG